CGCAGAGCAGCUUUGCGUCUAAUUGGUUGGUUGUAUGAGAAAAACCAAACAGCAGCCAAUCCGAAAACAGAGUGCGGGACACUACGAGCCAAUCAUAGAGCUGGAUGUGGGAUUUGUCGAAAAACGGUGGGGAAAGAAAACACGUCUGCCAAGUCCAGCGCUUGAAUGUGAUGCCACUUCCGCAGUUGUGCUCCACUCAUUCGCCCCAGCGGGCUGUGGCGCCGUGUACCUGCUUCAGCUCCUCAAUCAUGAGAAAGGAAAAACAAUUGGGCGUCAGGACAAGCGAUUAUCAGGACCGACGUGAACGCGGCUUUGUGUAUAUAAAUACAGAUAUAUGUAGAAUGGAGUAAUACAGUUUGGAUGUAUUGACUGUGUUAGUUUAGCUCUACACGGAGUUGUUUGGAGAGAGGUAGUCACUGUAGUGUGAGCUAGCUAGCGUUAGUUAGCAGUCCAGGUUUUCACUGGCUGGUGUUCACGAGCUGUUCCACUCGGCUUUAUCGGAGGGGACAAAGGCUCGGUAAAGCUGGCGAGGUAGCCCAUGAUGAAUCGCUUCCGAAAGUGGCUGUAUAAGCCGAAGAGGUCGGACCCUCAGUUACUCGCCCAGUUUUACUAUGCCGAUGAAGAGCUGAACCAGGUGGCCUCGGAACUGGAUAGUCUGGACGGCAGGAAGGACCCUCAAAGAUGCACACUGCUUGUCAACCAGUUCCGCUCAUGCCAGGACAAUGUGCUGAAUAUCAUAAACCAGAUCAUGGAUGAGUGUAUACCAGAAGACCGAGCAAACAGAGACUUCUGUGUGAAAUUUCCGGAGGAGAUCCGCCAUGACAACCUCGCAGGACAGCUGUGGUUUGGGGCAGAGUGUCUAGCAGCAGGCUCAAUCAUAAUGAACCGGGAGAUCGAGAGUAUGGCGAUGCGGCCACUGGCCAAAGACUUGACACGCAGUUUGGAGGAGGUGCGCAACAUCACCCGUGACCAAGCGCUGCGAGACCUCAACUUCUACACAGAGCGCAUGAGGGAGGCACUGCGACAGUUUGACGGCCUAUUUGCCGAGUUUGAGCUCAGUUAUGUAUCAGCCAUGGUGCCUGUAAAGUCUCCUAAAGAGUACUACGUCCAGCAGGAGGUGAUUGUGCUCUUCUGUGAGACGGUAGAGAGGGCCCUAAAACUUGGCUAUCUCACACAAGACAUGAUCGAUGAUUAUGAACCUGCUCUCAUGUUUACAAUCCCCCGACUAGCUAUUGUGUGCGGACUUGUUGUGUAUCCUGAUGGACCUCUUAACCUGGAAAACAAACCAGAGGACAUGUCAGAACUCUUCCGACCUUUUCGCACAUUACUGAAGAAAAUUAGGGACCUGUUGCAGACUCUGACAGACGAGGAGUUAACGACCCUGGAGCGGAAUCUCUGUAUCUCGCAGGAUGGGGAGUUUCCUGGAGACCCUAUCUCCUCUACCUCAGAGUCUGCUACCUCUAUCAACUCCAAGAGUCAGGCGGAGGAGUCCCAGAAAAGAGAAGAGCAAAAGGAAGUGGAGAAGGGGACAGAGCUGGCUCUGUGUUCCUCUCAGUGUGAGGAGGAGGAUGCAUGGGAGAAGGACCAGGAACAGCAGGAGGUUCCAAGUGAAGGAGAUGAGGACACCGAAGUGGACCUGGCCUGUUCCAUGCAGUAUGACGAAGAGGAGAUUGAGCAGCUCAACAUGAUGGUACAUCGUGUUGGUGAUCACAUGUCCUCACUGCUCUCACCACCAAGCCAGAGGCCAUCUCCAGCUCAUUAUCACCGAAAAAAACAGACUAGCGUGGGCGGAUCUAGUGUGCCCUCAAGCACUGAAAACUCUCCUCACCGAGCUCCUGGCCCCCAGCACGAGGAAGACGAGCGAGUCUUCUUCAUGGACGACCUGGAAGGCAUGGGCAGUGUUGGCGAUGCUGGAACUAGCUCAGGGGAACUCCGACAGGGACAGCGAGUCUCUCCAAUCGUGAACCUCGGAUCCCUCAAGCACAUCAGGCCAGAGAUUACAAGUGACUCCACCUCCAAUGGAUGGAUGACAGCUUGUCAUUCAAAUGAGGAUUUUGAUCAGAGCAGCCAGGAUAAACUGUGCCUCUCUUCUGGACCUGCAGGAACCCCAGAAACCUUACCACUUGUGAAUGGCUGGGAGGGGCAGUUGGAUGGGGAGGAAGGGGAAGGGGGGGAGCCAGCAGAGGUCAUUGCCCACCGGACAGGUGGGAUGAAGCUGUCGGCCACUGUGAUCUUUAACCCACGCUCACCUAACCAGCCUGAGUUGGUGGUUUUGCCACGCUCAACCGAGGGAACUGCUCACCGCCUGCUCAACUCCUGUGUGUGCUGCACAGCUGGAUGUGUCGAUUCCCAUGAUGACCCCACUAACACAGAUAGCACAACUGAAGAUGGGAUUCUGGAGUUUAGGAAGUGCAAGCUUGCCAUCACAAGCACCGUUAUCCAGUCAGCAAUGGGAGCCUGUGGCACGGGGAAGGGAGAUGCCCCUUUGCCCCUCCCGCCUCCACCUGGCCCACAGCAAUUGAGAGAGGAGGCUGAGGACCAAGAUAGAGGAAGGCUUCCUCAUGCCCCCUGUUGUGAGAAGUGCCUUGCCAAUAGCUCCAAGCUGUCCCCGCACAGAGAUACUGGAGAGGACGAGUCAAGAGAUGGAUACGCCCAUCAGGAAAGAGCCUGCAGAGUAAUGGCUAGCUCUGCAUCAAAGGAGAAACAUCCCAAAGAAGACAACAAAAAUGACUCCAGUUUACAGGGAUCCCCUCUCAGUUCAGGCACCAGCAGUGACUGUGAGAGUGUGUCUGUCACCACAUGCAGUCUGUCCAGUUCAUGCACCCCCAGUAGUUUGACCACCAGCUCUGAGAUGUCUGAGGAGCUUGAUCACCAGGAGCUUCAGCUGGCCCUGCAAGCUUCUAAACUGGUUGCUCACAACAAAAUACGUGCUCGCUUCCAUAGCAGUAGUGACCUCAUCCAUCGUUUGUUUGUCUGCAUAUCAGGUGUGGCUGAUCAAUUGCAAACAAAUUAUGCAAGUGACCUGAGGAGCAUCCUGAAGACGCUGUUUGAGGUCAUGGCAACAAAAUCCGAGCAAGGGGACAACGAGAAGCAAAAUAAAGGACCGAGAGUAGGAAGCGCUGGAUUAGAAGACUGCGCUCUUUGUCAAGAGACAAUGACCUCGUCAGAACUCGCAGCAAAGGCGCGGGACGGUCAGUUUGAAGACCCUCCUGAGUGGGUUCCGGAUGAGGCCUGUAACGCCUGUAUCGCCUGCAAGGCUCCUUUCACUGUCAUCCGGAGGAAGCACCACUGUAGGAGCUGUGGAAAGAUCUUCUGCUCCCGCUGCUCUUCACACUCAGCCCCGUUACCACGCUAUGGUCAGAUGAAGCCUGUGAGGGUGUGCACUCACUGCUACAUGUUUCACGUCACACCUUUCUACAGUGACAGGACUAGUGUUUGACUGUAGCCCUGCCUUGCACCACCGUUACACAUGGACAUAAGCACAUAUACCACGCGGAAAGAUGGAAACGUUUAGCGAAAGUUGCACACACCCUUUUUAAAAAAAAAAAAAAAAAAAAAAAAUGGUUACGCAUAUUUAUUUAACCCUAUAUAUAAUUGUGCAUCUCAAAAAAUAUUAAUAUCUUGGAAAAGUUUGGGGGUUUUUUUCCUGUAAUAUAAUUAACAAAGUGAAAUAUUUCAAGCCUUUUUAUUUAUUUAUUUAUUUAUUUAAAUCUGUAUUAUUACGGCUUAAAGCUCAUGGAAAUCAAAAAGUCCAUUAUCUCAAAAUAUGAGUAUAAAGAACUUAUAAUACAGAAAUUUCAACCUCCUGAAAGGUAUGUUCAUUUAUUCACUCAAUCCUUGGUCGGGGCUCCUUUUGCACAAAUUACUGCAUCAAGCAAUUUAUUCUAAUAUUUUGAGAUAAUGGAUUUUUGAUUUCCAUGAGCUAUAAGCCAUAAUCAUAAAGAUUAAAACAAAAAGGCUUGAAAUAAUUCACUUUGUGUAAUGAAUCUAGAAUAUAUGAAAGAUCAUUUAAUUUAUAAAGUGGAAAAAAUUUACUUUUCCACACUUCCAGUUUUUUGAGGUGUGUGUGUGUGUGUGUGUGUCGACAUCGGAGAAGAAACCCUGAGCAAAGAACAAACUAGCUUUGAUGUUCUGAUUCAUAAAUUAUCUGAAGUUAAUAAAUGCUUAUUAUCAAGCACAUUAAGAAAUGGCGCCAAAGUAUUUGCUGUAAUUCUCUUAAAUAGAGCAUGAAGUGAAUUGACAGAACUGAAUUGUGAUCGAUGGUCCCAGUGUUAGGGACUCUCACUCAGUGAUCAUUUUGAAUUAAAACUUUUAUUAGUCUUUUGCUAAUAGUGAUUUGAUUUAAUAGUGUCAGAAGUUCAAUAGGGCUCAGAUUCAUUACUGAAUGUAAACCGUGACGAACACGUGAGCAACUGUGACAAGUAUAAAGACAAUAAUAUUAACAUUAUUUGCACCAUUGAUUAUGCCAGUAUGUGCUCAUCAUAACAUACUGAAGAGUUUUUUAUUAUUAUUAUUAUUCAAAAAGUUUUAUUUAAGAAAAGAUGCUGCUCUCUGUAAAAUAAAAAAUGAGGCUUUAGAAUAUGUGGAAUGGCUGAAAAUGAUAUGUAUAUAUAUGCUGAAGUGGUUAUGUAUCUAAUAAAUAAGAAGAUUCUUCUUUUAUGCUCUUAAUAGCAAUGAAUGUGUAACCAUAUAGAUGUUUUUUUUUCUAUUAGUAUUUACUGAAAUGAAAGGUAAUUGCCUUUUACAGCAGUGUCUGAUCCCUCAGCUACUCUUUUAGACAAGUCUCUCCUACCUUUCCACAAAAAACAUUUUUUUUUAAAUGUAAUAACAUUGAUUUUCAUCUUUUGCAUGCUUCUCAGCAGUUUUUGAGGUGAACACAUUCAUUUGACCCAGUUAAAAAAUAGACAUGGGAAAACUUGAUUUGAUUUGGGCAUUACACAGUGCUGUAAGAAUAAUCUCAGCACUAUUUUUGGUAGAAGUGAACAGUUUACCCCUACCUCAUCUGUUCAGCAGAUUUCCUCUCAGUAUUUUGCCACUUAACCUCAACUGUCUGACUUCCAAAAAAAAAAAUCGUUACACUUCUGUCCUUGUUUAAGACACUCCUCCAUUGCCCUAGCAUUUAGUGUCUUCAAUAUUUUUUUUUCCUCUAACUAAUGGGAAAAUGCACUUUUAUUUUUAUCCUUGAAUCUUUAGCUGUCAAAUAUAAUCAUAAUAGUCAUAAAGAGCAAGCUGUUAAAAUCUUUAAUGUCAAUAAUUAAUUUAAUCAGGCCUUUAUAAAUAGAAUAUACUGUUUGUAUUCUUAUUAAUAAUUUAACUAUAAGCUAUAAUGCUACUGACAUUUGUCCCAUUAGUUCUAAACAAAACAAUUUUUUUUUUGAAAACAUUUUACUUUGAGAGCAUUCCUUUAUAAGAAAAUGUUUAUCCUAGUUUCUCAGUUCAUACAGUUGCCUUCUUGUUCUUCACUCUUUAAGAGUUUACCUCAUUGCCUAUACCUCUACGCUUAUAUAAAGUUCUGAGAUUUGACCAAGUUAGAGAAAUGUGAACACACCUUAGAAUAUUAAUAUUCACAUCAGUGUUUCAAAUUCUGAUAACUAUUCCACAUUAUAUUUGAGAAUAUUCCUAAUUCUGCAAUGCUUCUGUAACAUUGUAACGGUACAUAUGCUAGCUAUUAACAGCCCUCUUGAAUCUUGGUAUCCUCAAUGUUUGAGGUCCUCUAACAGUAGUAGUCGGUGUACAUAGUACAUCAGUGUCUGCUAACGCAAAGCUUUAAAAUACAAUACCUCUUAACUGCUCAGUCCUUAUGCUUAUAUUAUUUUAUUAGUUAUUUAUUUUCAUUUUCAGCUAAAUAAGCUUUUUGUUGUUGUUGUUGUUCCCACACACCUGGGCAACCAGUUGUCUGUUAGUGAAGUCCAUGGGAACACCCUGUUGCUAGAAACUUGCAUACAGUUUUUUUUUUUUUUUUUUACAUGAGUUGCAAGCUUAUGUAUUCUAGACUCAAAGAUGUAAAAGGCCCCACACUUAAAACUCUUUUGAUAUCUUUUUAUUAGGUUCCCUUAUGACAUUGCUUCCUUUCUAAUGUUGUUGCUGCUCUUCAGGACUAUGACUGUACUUUGCCAUGAUGCUAAGGAAAGGUUAAUCACGCAAACAAACAAAUCAGCCAGAAGUUGAGAUCUUCCCAUGGUAGUUUUUUUUUUCUUUUGAAAUCCAGCUAUUGACCUGGUUUGUCAGAAGUUUAAAUUUUACCUGCCACCAAUCCUCAGGCCACAAUAAUUGUGUAGUCAUUUUGCAUUUUAAGUAAAGAAAAAAUAAUAAUAAUAAUAAAAAAGGAAAAAAAAGCUUUUUUUUCUUUUACAAAGAACAAAAAUGAUGAUGAUAAUAUAUAUAAUAUGUACAAAUAAGUUUUUUUCUGUAUAAAUGAUCUGUGAGAGAAUUGUAUACCCUAUUUAUUCUAAGCUUGUUUUUGUUUUAUAAUGGCUGUUUCAAUUCAAUAAGACGUAAAAGAGAGCUUUUCAAAGUCUUAACUUGAGUAUUUGUCAUGCAAUGAAAGUAAUAAACGACACUUUUCCUUUAAAAAC